AGGAACAAAGCAAAGGCUCGAAGUGCUUGUUUCUCUUUCCUUCCUUUCUCGCUCUAACAGACCCUCCUCUCUCUCUCCCUCUUCCUCUCUCUCUCAAACUGUCAUCUUUCUCUUCUCCGUCGACGUUCUGGGACUUCGGGAGCAGGUUCGAGUGAAGAUAGUCAUGGCAGUUCAGUGAUUUAGAAACUCGUGGGCAGGAGAUAGAUCGAUAUGAUUCCUUCUCUAUCUUCCCUAUUGAGAUUUUUCUCUUAGCGCGCAAGUACGUUCUUCGAACUGUUGCUGUUAUUUGAUCCAUGACUAGUAAGCUCCCAGAGAUCUUAUCCGUGGGUCUCUGACUCUCCGCUAAGUGAUAUGCAACCUGGACUUGAAUCGGUCUAAGGUAAACGGGAUUGUUGUCCGUGUUCUACUGACUAUUCAUUCGCCAAGAAAUUUCUGCACUGUCUUGCUUACUAGUUGCGAGUUCACACGUUUCGGAUAUGGGGAAUGCUUGUUGUGUCGCUGCUCGAGACAAAAUGGUCGUGCCUAAUUCAUCAGUUGGUGAGAAUCUGCAGAGGAGCAAUGUCAGGCAUUCUCCAACUUGGAGUUUCCGGUGGGAUAAUAGAGGACGUGUAGCUGGUGAAGAAACCUCUCUCAGCUGGUUAUCUGAUGGGAUUAGUCGGAACGAUGGUUCUGAGAUCAAAUUUGAAUCCGCAUUUGUAUCAUCUGAAGGCUCCCCUUUGGACAGUUUUCGGACACAGACAAUGCAGAAAUCUCCGGCCUCAGAUCAAUCAUUUCCAAGAAAUUCUUUCAUGGAUACAGUCCUCGAACAGAAAGAAAAUGAUUCAACAGAGUCUGCAGCACCACCGUAUCGAUCUCCUGCACAAUUGUCUCUUUCACUGGCUUCACAACCAUCUUCUUUUCCAGCGUCACCGCUUUCGUCACAGAGCUCUUUGCAUCCUGCAAGUUCAUCGACCGUUAAACUGACACAGCGCCCUCGUCUAUCAAGGCAAGUCUCAGAUGGUCAAAUCUAUGGAGUGAACUCACUAAGUAGAAGCUCAGCAACUAAAGAGAGGCAGGGGACUCCUGUGAGGUAUGAUUCUUUUCAGAGUGGACCAUCUGAAGGUUUGUCACUGCAAGCCUUUUCUGAAAUGAUGUCAUCUUCUCGCGGCGAAGAGCCUUUGUCUUAUGAUAAUGGUUGCUUUGGGCUUCAACGUGACAAGUUAGACCAUCAUUUCAACCGAAUCUCCAGUCAUCAGCAGCAAACCUGUGGUGCUUGCUCUAGAUCCUUGUCUGAGAAAUCCUUGUGGAGCAGCCAAAAGAUUUUUAUGACCAACGAGCUCUCUGUUUCUGCAAUUCUAGCUUGUGGGCAUGUCUAUCAUGGUGAGUGUUUAGAACAGAUGACGCCGGAGAUCGAUAAAUUCGACCCUUCAUGCCCAAUAUGUACAUUGGGUGAGAAGAAAACGGCGAAGCUGUCAGAGAAAGCGUUAAAAGUGGAGAUGGAUUUGAAAGCUAGACACAACAAAAGACUCAGAAACCGAGUUUUGGACAGUGAUUUUGAUUGCGAUGAUUUUGUAAUGUUUGAUCACAGCUACAGGGCAGCAGCAGCAGGAGGCAAGAGCCCGAAACUGGUCUCGAGUUCGAGUGUCAAAAGCUAUUCCGCAAAGCCUUUCUUGGCUCGGCAUUUCUCUUUUGGGUCCAGAGGUAACAGUAAAUGCACUAAAGAGAUUCUUCCUGUCAAAAAGAAAGCCUUCUUCUGGACCAAAUCCAGCAAAAUAUGAACUUAUUCUGCGUUGCUCUGUACUGACUGACGCAUAGAACUCGACACACACGGAGACGGUACCAUUCAAUUAAGACAGGCUAUUUGUUGUUCCAAAUGUCCUCGUACGCUUUUCUUUUAUUUUAUUGGUCACUAAAUUUUCACACAUGUAAAGUCACAAAUUUAGAAUACAAGGUUUGGGAUUAAAAAAAAAAAAAAAAACACUGGAUCAUUUAGUCUAUAAAUUAUUCUGGCUGUGCAUAGAUCAGAAUUGGACUGAGAAGGCAAACGAUUGGGUAUGGUUUGUAUUUACGUCUACCAGCUUGACCUCAGUCAAACUUAUGUCUGUAAAUAUUGAUUUGGUUCUCCUUUUUUAUUGCUGGUUAUCAUAUAGAUAUUAACAAGAA